AUGGAGCUCCAAGGCCGCUUGGUGGACUCCACGUUAAUUCAUUUAGUCAGUGACAUGAACCUGCUCGAGUUUCCACAGAAGUGCACUUUAGGACCGAAACAGCAGGUGAAUGAGGCCCCACCGAGCCCGAACACCCUCACAGCAUCCUGGAGAACGGCCUUGGACAACGAUGCGUGCUCUGCGGACGCGCGCACCGAGCAUCUGGUGGUGGGCGCGCCAAGGUACUACAGCCGCGGAGCCCACGACCACAGCAAGUCCAAACGCAGGAGGAUCAUCACCGUGGUCCAGCGACAGGCGGCCAACGUGCGGGAGAGAAAGCGGAUGUUCAGCCUGAACGAGGCGUUUGACGAACUGAGGACGAAAGUGCCCACGUUUGCGUACGAGAAGAGACUGUCCCGCAUCGAAACUCUGCGCUUGGCCAUCGUCUACAUCUCCUUCAUGAUGGACCUGCUGGAAAACACCUGAGACUGGACAGUAAAGUGUUAGUUUUACUCUAUGGACACUGGACUCGA